CAACCGCUGUUGCCGCGAAGAAAAACACUUCAACGCGACGGUAGAACGCGUCGUGUUCGAUUUUUUUUUGCAGAACGCACAGAAAAUCUUCGAGAAAGGAGAGAUGAAGUACUUAGAUCUUUCACAUGGACGAGAAUCAUGGCUCGGUCGCUUUUUUUGGACUUUCUUCUUGCACGAAAGAAAAAAUCUCUGGUACUAAAUCAGCCAACUACGAGAGAAUGAGACUAGGGGCUAGUUCUACUGCUAUUGGCUUAUUUUUUGUUCAAGGAGCUAAAGCACACGAAAUCACUUGCCGUACUAAAGAAAACAAUACCACAGAAGCAGGAACCCGCACUCCAAGUUGUACAGCCUACCUAGUAACGCGAAAAGCAACUACCCCGAUAAUUAUCGCCUCCCCAGAGCAGUAUUCAUAGACUAGUAGUCACUAUUCGGUAGUAGAGUUCUACUUCUUGAAACUGCCUAAAAACUUAGCACCUUAAACGACUCAACUCUCCGUACUAGAAGUAAUAGAGCGGAAAAUAAAUCAACCAGAAGAACGUGUACCAUAUAACCUCUCCCAUUCCUACCGACCGACGGACUAACACUUACUUCAUCCAUUCUAGGAGGUUUCAUCAUCUUUUCAUCUCUGGAAACAACGACCAACGUGAAACAACCAAAUUUGAAAUUUCUGAUUUAGUUGUGUAGGUGGACAAGGACAGUACUGUACAAGCACGACCUCUACGGUGUCAACGUUGUAACAAGGCAAAACAAAAAAGAAGUACACGUGUAGUACUGUUUGAACAAACCCCAACACAAAUCAUGAAGCCGGAACCCAAUGUCACCGUGCCGGAAGGCGAUGCCAAGAAGGUACAGGGAAUUCAAUUUUCAUGUAUCUUAGUCUGCAGUGCACCUGCGCAUGAGAAACUUGUUUUGUCAUGCAAGGAAUGGGAAUCCGAAUCCGAAUCGCAACACAAAAAAAAUAAAUACCCCAGGGCGCCAAGAUCUUCAAGUCUAAGUGCGCACAGUGCCAUAUGGAUGUGUCAGGAUCGAAAUCGUCAAAGUUGAAAUAAAUUUGUAAUGCAUAAAAUGCAUGACCCGCGGCACGUGUGUUGCGGAGCAGGUAAGUGAGGCCGAUUAUAUGCCUGCUUGGGGUUACACUUACAGCUCGAGCUGCUAGAGUAGCAUGAGAAAAUCACUCUUCUUUGCCUCAACAGCAUGACAAACUGGAUUUAGGGACCGCCGAAAUUUGUCAUGCGCCAUUUAGAAUCUGGUUUCCAACUGGCAUCCAUUUUAUGCAUGACAAAUUAUUUCAACUUUGUCGAUUUCAACUCUGACACAUCCAUAUGCCACACCGUAGAAGCAGGUGGUCAGUCCAAGUCCGGCCCAAAUCUGAACAAGAUAUCCUGUGCAAAAGUAUCGUGCUCGUAUAAAUGCAAGUCUUGCAUUACAAAUCUUUUUGUUAAGGUGAAUCCGCAUUACAAAUUUUAUCUCUCAUGCUGAGGAAAUUUGUAAUGCAUUUAUACGAGUGCGAUACUUUUGCAGUUCAUACAAGAUCUUCAGCCGCAAGAGCGGAAGCACCGCGGGAUACCAGUAUACAGAUUUUUGUCAUGGAUAGCAGCAAGUACAAGCCCAACUAUGGAGGUCGUACUGACUUGAACUUGAAUUUGUUUCGCGUGGAAAAACAAAAAACGAAUAUGUCGUGCAUAUAAAUAUAAACCAAUCAAAAUUCAAAGGUAUUCCGAGGCCAAUAUGGAGGCAGAGAUUAUGUGGAGCCCGGCACACAUGGACCAGUUUCUGGUCAACCCCAAGGCCUACAUUCCAGGAACGAAGAUGGUAUAAAUGGCAUGAUUUUUUGUCAUGCAUAGACACGUAAUGCUAAUGUUGAAAUUGCUUUCUCAUGCACGCGUACUGAUGAACAACUUUUGUGAAGAAGAAUGAAAGGAAUUAAACUUGUGAUGCAAAAAACGCAACACGUGACCACCAGGUCUUCGCCGGUAUGAAGAAGGAGAAGGAGCGUGCGGACUGCAUUGCCUACAUGCAACAGGCCACCGCGUAAGUAGUUGUGUGGUACCGUUGCUGUUUCGCAUGACAGACACAGACUACACGACAUAGUAGAAAUAGAAUCGGGAUCCCGCACAACCACGACUACCUUUUGUAAACCACGACUCUGAUCCGAUUUUGACGACUUCUAUACUGAAUUUUUUAAUCCUGCUCCUGCUUUGAGAUUAUCAAGGGCAAGAAGCACCUGCAUGGGUAGACGAAGCAAGUAAAAUAGUUUGAGUCGAAACGAAAUCUUCCCAUCAGAUGAGAUGAAUGUCAGCGACAUUGAAAUUAUUUUCCAUAGGACUUGCACCAGAAAAACUAAAACACGCUGCUGAUGAUGCGCUGUCCUACUACAUCACAAACAAAUCCCAAGACCGCCGCAUUGGGCAUUGAAAAUCUGCUACAGCGGUUCUUGAGAGGACUCAACUAGCGACUCGCGUGCCUUAAAGAAGUACUACCUCACGAAGAAACAGCAAGAGUCGUUUACUUUGAUUUGCUUCUAAAACUCGUCCCGAGUAAGUAAAAAAUGUCAGACAGAUAGAUCCUAUACUCUUUGGUACAAAUCAUCAGAAUCUGAAUCAGUUUAUCACGAUGUUUUUAUCACACCGUAAAUCAGAGUCAGUUUAUCACAAAGCAAAUGCAACUCCUUAAUAUUAAUUGGGCGUAGAGAAUAGAGGAGGUUGUAGCAGUUUUUAGCAAUGGUUUAUCGUAGUAAUACCUUGUUUCCUGUAUUGAGAUUUAGAUGUCAACAAAAAUUGAGCAAUCUCUAUAGUCAUGUGUAAAGCAUUGUAACAGCGAUCAAAAAUGCACAGAUAGGACUACAAACGGCAAGAAACGACUCGGGUCCGCUUCACAAAAUCAAUUUUUGUGCCGUGGGUUUCGAUGAGAUUCUUUGGGAUGAUGUUGAAGAACUGCUGUUGUUGUACAUAAAAAUCCUAUACAAACACAUGUUGACAUACUAAAAUCAGAACCUCUUCGCGAGGUGGAUUGCAGCUUGGCACAGCUGGUGCGCAAUGAAAUUCUGUAUGAGUGUUCUGGCUGUUCAAGUAAUAGACCCAGUUGCCUGCAUCUGGGUAAAUAGGAGGACGAUCUUGGGGUUUGUCGGUGGUUCCCGAUAAAUUUUGCACGUCGAUG